CCUUAAAAAGAAUCUUAACUUUUCUUGAACUAGGUAACUAGGUCUCUCUCUCUCUCUCUCUCCUCUCUCUCUCUAGAUCAUUGGUGACUUUCUUUCUAGCUCUCGUGGGAAGUGUCAACGGCACUAAAUACGACGUAUGUAAAGAAAAGAGGGGUUUCUGCAUUUUCCUUGUAAUUAAAUGACGAGGAGGAAAAUCCAGAUCAAGAAGAUCGACAACACAACGGCGAGGCAGGUGACGUUUUCGAAGAGGAGGAGAGGGCUUUUCAAGAAAGCCCAGGAGCUCUCUACUCUCUGUGAUGCUGAGAUUGCUCUUGUAGUCUUCUCCGCUACUGGGAAGCUCUUUGAAUACACCAGCUCCAGCGUGCAACAAGUAAUUGAAAGGCAUGGCCUGCUUUCUUCCAAUUUUGACAAGUUGAAUCAACCAUCUCUUGAGCUGCAGCUUGAGAGCAGUACUUCCGCCGCAUUGAGCAAGGAAAUUGCGGAGAAUACACAUGAGCUAAGGAAGCUAAUGGGAGAAGAACUCCAAGAACUAAACAUGAAAGAGUUGCAUGAACUAGAGAAAUUGCUGGCAUCAGGAUUGAAGCGUGUUAGAGAUGCAAAGGGUGAAAUUGUUCUGAAGGAGAUCACCUCUCUUAAGUGGAAGGGAUCCCAACUGAUGCAAGAAAACAAGCGAUUGAAGCAGAUGGCAAACCAACAGAUCCAAACACUUGAACUUGAACUUGAACAAGGCCAAUCCUCCGAGCCAAUAGGCGAUUUCAUCCAUUCAGAUCCUUCUCAAGACCACGACAGCUCUGGCACUUCUCUCAAGUUGGGGUUAGCUUUUCCUAACGGGAUAUGACAGAUGGAAAGCUCAUGAGUUGCAAAUCAGUUGAAUUAUCUCUUGUUGAAGAAGACAAGUCGCAGUACGUAUAUAUUUAUUCAAGACCAAAGCUUACAGCCUUGAAUAUAUAAUAAGAUCUGAUAUAUAAGUCCUAUUUGUUUUUACAAUUUGAAUAUUAUUGUUAGUUUCCAGGGCUAUGUAUAUAGUUAAGUUUUACCCUACUUAUGUAAUAACUGAAGUAUGUAAACAAUGGAAGGUGUAACCCUAUUUUCGCUUGGAAAAAUUUGUUCAAGCGACUUUAUAACAGUAGUGUUUGAUUUUCUGUACUAAAA